UUGAUUCUAGGAAUUAAGCAUAUCCAGGGAGCAGCAGCAUGGAAAACUUUGCGUCUAAACGAAAAGCCACGAAUCGUCAUAGACUGUCAAUUUAUUGCGAAAGAGUUCGAUGAUUUCUCUUCUCGUCUUGCCACUCAACUUGAAUUUAUCAUUGAAGAAAACCUACGACGUAGAGAUCCGUUCGAUUUGUCGAUUGUAAACUACGAUGAGGAGAAUCCGAACUGUGCUGCUGUUACCAGACUUCUACGUAUGAAAUAUCAGCAUCAAACAAUCCUACCAAUGCAUACAAAUAAAGAUGUGCUCGAUUUUUACGACAAGGAAGAUCUCGUUUAUAUUGCCAGGUGGUCGCAGCAUGUUCUCCGAGCUCCAUUGGAUGACAGAGUGUAUGUAAUAUGCUUAGGACGUGAUAAUCGACUACCACUGGGUGCUGCCCGGAAGCGCAACUGUCGCACAGCUCGGAUACCUUUUAAUGAAAAUUUCAAGUGCGUUGUAUAA